GGGAGACACUGAGGCGGCGCUGAUUAGCCGGAGUUGCUGGGCGCUCAGCGGAGGUUGGAGGCUGUGCAUUGACGGUGAAGAUCCACUUUUGUAUCUGGGGGUUGUAAAGGUUGGAAAAGCAACCAUGAGCCGAGGACGGAGUAAAAGGAAAGUCCGGCGUACGUGCCACCUCUGCGAUACCAAGUUCGACAGUCAAAGGGAACAAGCCGAACACUUCAACGGGGCCUUCCACAAAUUUAUGAUGACGAUAAAGCGAACGCAGAUGUCUUAUCUGGAAAACACCAAGACGCUGAACGACCAGAUCACAGAGACGGGCAAAAAGGAAUCCCUGAUCGGUCUUGAGUACAUCUAUGAAUAUGCAGAAGAUGGCAAUGGCGUCCGCAUGUACGAGUGCCAGCUGUGUGACGCUGCCCACCAUUCGGAUGAAAUCUUCUUUCACAUUGUGGGAAUUCGGCACAGAGUCUUGUACCUGGUAAAGCAUCACCCUAUUAUGGGGAUCGAGGCCGACUUUGACGUGCAAAAUCAAGCUAAUUACCGAAAAUUAGCUAAUAAUGCCCUGGCCAUUGAGCAGACGCACGGAAGGAAGAAGAUAAAUGUUGUGAAUGAAGUUUAUGUGGAGAAACAUAAACCCUAUGAGGACAGUGUUUCAGAGAGCAGUUCUGAGGGCUCCAAAUCAAGUUCCACAGACUCCAGGAGCGUGGAUUCCAGAAGAAGUAUUUCCCCCGUCCGGAGAGCUGCACGUAAAAGACGCAGACGAAAACACAGGGAAACUAAUAAAUUGAGGCGAGAGCGCAGAGCCCGGGCACGGAUGCUUCAAGAGGAAGAUGAUUAUCGACGACGAGAUGAUUCUCUAUCCAGGGAACGGGACCGUUACCUGGAAUCUCGCCGUGACAGUCUAGACAGGCAGAGAACCCAGGUACUUGAUUGUAGUGAAGAUUUCGAUGCCAGGAGCAUGCACCGUGUCGGUAUCCCAGCGACUCUGCACGACAGUAGAGACGAUGCAAGAGUUCUAGACGGAGCCCGCGAUGUCCAAUCCAGGUACCGUGACCUUGGCUCAGUAUAUCUGUCUGACAACAGAGACAUUCAAAAUUUACAACAAGACACCCGAGGCGGCAUGGCAUGGCAAUAUGGCACUGGUGCAGCCAUGUUGCCUGAUGACAGAGUUGGUUCUUUAGCUCAGCACGGUGUUGCUAGUGUCCCUCUGUAUCAACAAGAACGCCCAUUUCAGACUAUUGCUGGAGCUGCAUCGGCACUUGGAACUACCGUUCCUCCGUAUCAACAAGAACGCCCGUUUCCACCUACUGCUGGAGGUGCUCCACCACUUGGAAAUACCGUCCCUCCGUAUCAACAGAUACGCCCAUUACCGCCUACUGCUGGAGCUGCACCGCCACUUGGAACUUCACUUCCACUGGUUGGAAAAGGUCCAACACCUGAAGAUGCAGCUGAAGACUUGGAUUUCAGGCGGUGUAUUGGUGUUCGUGGCGGGCCCUCGCUUUUCCAUGAUGGUUCUUCUGCUGCUGGUGACAGUAGGGACCACAGUAGGAGGCGAAACCGCUCCCCAGAUCCCCGCGAUAGAGCGAAUAGAAACAGAUCAACAUAUCUUGGGGACUGUGGUGACAUUGAUGUGCGGUUCAUGUUGCCCACGGGGGGCAUCUCAUUUCGAGAACUGAAGGCAGCUCAUGAAAAAACAUUAUUAGGAGGGUCCAGCAGUGGAAACCCUCCCCCGUGGGAGAAGAAGAAGGAAAAGGAUGGUGGCAGCGACACGGAAGUGUGCAACAUGGAGUUCAGCGAUGGUGAACCAGAGGAUUUCUGGUGCAACGAGGAGUUGUUUGAUUUCUUGAAAACCUACCACAUCGGCGAUGAAGAAGACGUUCAGUUCAUCUUGAAAGCCAUAAAAGUGUUGUCUGAGUCUAUGAUGCGUCACAAGACGCGUAAGGAGGAAUUACAGAAGUGGAUUUCACAGGAGAAACAGAAGCUGGAAGAAGAAAAGAAGGUAUUUUUACAGCUUAAGAAACGUAAAGAGGAUAACAUAUUUGCCACAACCAUGAAAAGUACAGAACUGGAGAAUAUUAAACUGUUUAAGAAAGUGACCGGCGAGAAAAACGUCAACGCACCUAAACCGACUGCGGAGAAACCUCAAGAGACUGUCAAGCAGCCGGAGCAAGCGACCAGCUUUGAGAAGCCGCGCCUAUCGGUUCCAGUGCCGGCAGCUCCAAAACCUGAUCCGAAACCUGCAGUGUCAUCGGCACAGAAAGUCGACCCGCCUCAGCCAAAGACCACCCCCAAGAAGGCACGGGCGUCUGGUAAAACGCCCAAAGUUCCACAACCUCAAGCACAGUCAGUCAACGAGCCUCUGCCGCUGACCAACUUCCAGAAGGCGCUAGUGUCCGGCAGUAUUGCACCUUUACUUGAAGCAGCAGGGUUCGUGACCCAGCCCCAGCAAGAGGCCUUCUCCCAGAAAGCGCUCGUGUCCGGUCUGGGGCCACUAGUUCAACAGCUUCAACAGAAACCUCAGGGCUCCGGAGCAGGUUCUAAUACAAAUCCGCGACUCCCUGGCCCCAAAACAGCUAAUCCAAGUACGCCAGGACAAGCCCCGGGCGGAUAUUCAGGCGCCGGAGCAGGCUCCAAUACGAAUCCGCGAGUCCCUGGUCCAAGAGUGGCUAAUCCAAAUCUCCCAGGACAAGCCUCGGGCGGAUAUUCAGGCGCCGGAGCAGGCUCCAAUCGGAAUCCGCUACUCCCUAGCCCCAGAAUGGCCAAUCCAAAUCUCCCAGGACAAGCCCCGGGCGGAUAUUCAGGCUCCAAUCCGAAUCCGCGACUCCCUGGCUCCAGAAUGGCCAAUCCAAAUCUCCAAGGACAAGCCCCGGGCGGAUAUUCAGGCGCCGGAGCAGGCUCCAAUCGGAAUCCGCUACUCCCUAGCCCCAGAAUGGCCAAUCCGAAUCUCCAAGGACAAGCCCCGGGCGGAUAUUCAGGCUCCGGAGCAGGUUCCAAUCGGAAUCCUCUAUUCCCUGGCCCCAGAAUGGCCAAUCCAAAUCUCCAAGGACAAGCCCCAGGCGGAUAUUCAGGCGCCGGAGCAGGCUCCAAUCCGAAUAUGCGAUUCCCUGGCUCCAGAAUGGCCAAUCCAAAUCUCCAAGGACAAGCCCCGGGCGGAUAUUCAGGCGCCGGAGCAGGUUCCAAUCCGAAUUCGCGAUUCCCUGGCCCCAGAUUCGCCAAUCCAAAUCUCCCAGGACAAGCCCCGGGCAGAUUCUCAGGCGCCGGAGCAAGUUCCAAUCCGAAUUUGCAAUCCCUGGGCCAGAGAUUUUCUAAUCCAAAUCUUCCAGGACAAGCCCCGGGCAGAUUCUCAGGCCCCAAUAUGGGUUUUGGUCGGAAUCCACAAAGUCCCGGUGGCAGACUUAAUCUGGAUCCCUCUAAACAACAAAGGCCCUUCGGAGGGCAAGCGGCAGUCAGAAAUCCAGAGCAGUACACCCAGGCCACAUGGCAGUCCCAGUUCGGUGGCGCAGGAGAAUCUGAAUCAGAGCCUCAGAGUGAGCAGUCUACGGGUUCUGGUGGGUUCUCGUCAGACAGACGCCAAGGCACGUUCCCCAACCAGGAUCCUCCUAAACCUGGCGUCUACCCGGCCGGCAUCCUCAAAAACAGAACAGGGAACCCACCUUCUUCCUUCUCCUAAAACAGGCAAACGUUUAUAUGACAUUUCCAUCUUGAUGAGGAAGUCCAGAGGCGGCCAUAUUAUCAGGAGCAACGCGUUAUGUUCACGUUAAUAUAACAUGUCACUGUGUACAGUCAUUACUUGUGUAUAACAUUUCAUGAAAGGGGUUUUCCAGGAGUUACAUCGAUACUGAAUGUUGUCUGACCAGCAUUCCCCGCUCAUCAGCUGUUUUAAGGGGCUGUGGCACUCGUCGGGGGCGCUGCAGCCUCUUCGCUGUAUACCAGGCACAGCGCUGCUCUUUGUGUAGUGGCCAUUCUUGGUAUAGUGGCUCAAUGUCAUUCACUUAAAAGGGUUCUACCCAUCCUCUGGAUAG